AUGUCUUCAGGUGUAUGGGCAAGACCAAAUACCAUGAAGGCCGUCGUGUUACGAGGUGCAAAGGCACUUGUCGAACGAGAUCGGCCUCUUCCCAGGCUACGGGACGACUAUGUCCUGGUUAAGACGGAAGCCGUUGCACUCAACCCGACAGACUGGAAGCACGUCAACGGUGGCCUUGGUGCAGAGGGAGGUUUGGUAGGAUGUGACUUUUCUGGGGUGGUCAAAGAAAUUGGACGAGCGGUGACGAAAUCCUGGAAAGUCGGCGACCAUAUCUGCGGCGUGGCGCACGGGAGUAACAAGUACCAACCAGAAGAUGGUGCCUUCGCCGAGUAUAUCGUGGCAAAGGGAGACAUUCAAAUGAGGAUCCCUGAGCAUAUGACUUUCGCCCAAGCAGCUACGAUCGGUCUUGGGGCGACCACAGUCGGACAGGGUUUAUAUCAGCAAGCACUUCAUCUCCCCCUGCCUCCACAAGCCCCACGGCAAAGACACGACAACAAAAAUGUUUUGAUCUAUGGAGGCAGCACGGCUACCGGUGCCUUGGGAAUUCAAUAUGCUCGAUUGUCCGGAUUCUCGGUCUACACAACUUGCUCGCCCAAGAACUUUGAUUACGUGAAAAGCCUUGGUGCAAUAGAAGCAUUCGAUUACAACGACGAAAUCUCCAUCUCCAGAUUACGAGACCAGACAAAAGACAACGAACUCAGGUUGGCAUGGGAUACGAUCGGUACACCAGCGAGUGCGGAAUUUUGUAUGAAGUCCCUGUCUACAAGAUCGGACUGCAAAUAUGGGUGUAUUUCUUAUCCUCCAGUCCCAAUAUCUCGAGCGGACGUCAAAAAUGUAGGCACACUAAUGUAUUCUGUCUUUGGAGAGCCCUUUGAGAAAAGGGGAAACAAUUUCCCGGCAAGUCCAGAGGAUUUUGCUUUCACCAAGAGAUUCAUGGCCAUAACGGAGGAACUAUUGGCUCAGGGACAGCUUCGGCCACAUGCUGCCCUUGUAGGGAAGGACGGGUUGGAAGGUGUGCUGAAAGGUAUGAAGGACAUGAAGGAUGGUAAAGUCAGCGGUCAAAAGUUGGUUUAUCUUGUGGCUGAUACGCCGUGA